AUGCUUGAGGCAAACCAAAAUGCGCCUUUAAAACACACAAGAAGGGCUGUGAGCUGGGUAGAGCAUACUGUCAAAAACAGUACUUUAGUGUCCACAAAUGAUCUAAAAGCUUAUAGGUUUAUUAAGAGUCGUGGCCAUAAGGCCAUAAAGAUAUACAGCUGUCUGUCUAGCUACACACUGGUUAUUCUACACAGCAUUAUUGAGCCGUCGUGGUCAACAGACAAGUCAACAGACACAUCUAUUGUAUUGUCUCUACUGACAAGUUCAGCACAACAUAACUAUAUAGCAUUUGUGACAAGCAUAUUUCCAUUCAGUGGAACAAGUAGUCCAAUCUUUCUGGAUCAGUGUUUCUACUUGAGAUUUAGAUAA